UUUAAGUAAACUAAACUUAAAGUACAAACAAGAAGCGGUGAAUUAUCUACCGAGUGAAAAUAGAAAAAACCGACUUGGCGUUCUGCGGUGAGAAAGAAGAGUGAAUGGAAAUGACGACGUUGACGAUGGUGUUGUUCUUGUUGUCGAUGCUGUGGAGUGUCUCGCAUGGAUUUGUGCCACCACGGACCUUUCGUAACAGCUUGUCUAGGUCUGGCAGCAACAACUACUUGACCACCGAAGAACUCUGGUUCAAUCAGACUCUCGAUCAUUUCUCUCCUUAUGAUCACCGUCAAUUUGAGCAGAGAUAUUAUGAAUUCCUUGACUACUUCAGACCUGCAGAGAAUGGUCCUAUUUUUUUGAAAAUCUGUGGUGAAUCUGCGUGCAAUGGUAUAACUAAUGACUAUAUCAGUGUUUUGGCAAAGAAGUUUGGAGCAGCUGUUGUUUCACUUGAGCAUCGUUACUAUGGCAAGAGUUCACCCUUUAAAUCACUUUCAACAGAAAAUUUAAGAUAUCUUUCAUCUAAGCAGGCACUCUUUGACUUGGCUGUAUUCCGUCAGCGUUACCAGGAAUCUUUAAACCUGAAGCACAAUAGAGAAAGUACUGAGAAUCCAUGGUUUGUUUUUGGUGUCUCAUACUCUGGAGCUCUUAGUGCAUGGUUUCGGCUUAAGUUCCCCCAUCUAACAUGUGGAAGUCUGGCAAGUUCUGCAGUUGUACUUGCUGUGUACAACUUCACUGAAUUUGAUCAGCAGAUUGGUGAAUCAGCUGGUGCUGAAUGUAAAGCUGCACUACAAGAAACUACUAAACUUGUAGAGCAAAGGCUUGCAUCAAAUGGAAAAGCAUUGAAGAAAUUGUUCAAUGCAGGCGAGCUGGAGAUUGAUGGCGAUUUCCUUUAUUUUCUGGCAGAUGCAGCAGUUACUGCGUUUCAAUACGGAAAUCCAGAUACACUAUGUACCCCCCUUGUUGAAGCUAAGAAUGCUGGAGAGGAUUUAGUGGAUGCCUAUGCCAAGUAUAUUAAAGACUAUUACCUCGGGAAGUUUGGUGUCAGUGUUCAGACAUAUAAUCAGAAGCACCUGAAAAAUCCUGCUGUUAGUGAAGGGAGUGGUGAUCGGUUGUGGUGGUUUCAAGUUUGUACAGAAGUUGCAUACUUUCAAGUAGCACCUUCAAAUGAUAGCAUUCGCUCUUCAAAAGUGGAUACAAGAUACCAUUUGGACCUUUGCAAGAAUGUCUUUGGAGAGGGCAUCUAUCCUGAUGUUGAGAUGACAAAUAUAUACUAUGGAGGCACAGAAAUUGCUGGUUCAAAAAUUAUUUUCACAAAUGGCUCACAGGAUCCCUGGCGUCAUGCCUCCAAACAAAUUUCAUCUCCAGAUAUGCCUUCAUAUGUCAUCACUUGUCAUAAUUGUGGCCAUGGAACUGAUAUGAGAGGAUGUCCCCAGUCUCCCCUAAGCAUUGAAGGUAAUGCCCAGAACUGCAGCUCCCCUGAUGCAGUUCACAAAGUAAGGCAGCAUAUCAUAGAGAACAUUGAUUUGUGGCUGUCUCAGUGCAAAGAAACAGGUAGGAGUUAUAUGUGAUGUCUUUAUGACAGAUAAAUAGAUAUAAUUAUUCUGUUGACUGAUUCAGAUAGCAUGCAUUUCCAUCUCAACAGAUAUUUAAUUGCUGAUUCAUCAGUAGGCAUCUUGUGUUGUAUAUAUUAUACACGUAUGUCAAACAUUACUGUUAGAGACUUUGAAUGAUACAACUCUUUUCGAGCUCCUUA